AGAAUUCGACCUGCCCUGAUAGUAUCUGAGCCACCAUGGGAACCCGAGGUGAUGUGUAUCCAUUGGGGCUCUGCAUCGCCCUGUUCCUGGGGGGCACCAUGGCCCAGAAUAAUGGCGUACAAGGUACCACUGAGGACCGUAACAACCAUAUGCUCUGCCCAGCAAACGCCAAGUGUGUGAACAACACCCACUGCACCUGCCUGGAUGGAUACCAGCCACAUGGGAAUCGCUCCUUCUUCACUGACACAACGGAGCUCUGUGACGAUAUUAACGAGUGUCUGGGGCCGAACCCGCCAGACUGUGGACCCAAAGCAAACUGCGCCAACGUGGCUGGGAGUUACUACUGCACCUGCAGCGAUGGCUACGAGCUCAGCUCUGGGAAAGCCAACUUCACGAAUGCGAGUGAGAACUCCUGCAAGGAUAUUGACGAGUGUCAGGGCCGGAGAUCGGCAGACUGUGGACCCCACGCAAACUGCACCAAUGUGCCUGGGAAUUACUCCUGCACCUGCAUCGAUGGCUACGAGCUCAGCUCUGGGAAAGCCAAUUUCACGCACGCGAGUGAGAACACCUGCCAGGAUAUUGACGAGUGUCAGGGCCCAAGUCCGGCAGACUGCGGAACUGACGAAAACUGCACCAACAUGGCUGGGAAUUACUCCUGCAGCUGCAUCAAUGGCUACAAGUCCAGCUCUGGGAAAGCCAACUUCACACACGCGAGUGAGAACACCUGCCAGGACAUUGACGAGUGCCAGCAAAACGCCACAAUCUGUGAGCCCCACGGGACCUGCAUCAACAUGCCAGGGAGUUACAUGUGUAAAUGCAGUUGGGGAUUUGGGAAGAGUCAAAAGGAUACGUCUAAGAUCUGCACAGACAUCGACGAGUGCCGCAAGACCCCAGAUAUCUGCGGCCCCAACGCCACGUGUAUCAACACCUACGGGAGCUACCGGUGUGAGUGCCGGGCCGGCUACAUCCCCUCCAACAGGAACACGACCCUGUGCGAAGACAUUGACGAGUGCCGGCGAAACGCCACAAUCUGUGAGCCCCACGGGACCUGCAUCAACAUGCCAGGGAGUUACAUGUGUAAAUGCAGUUGGGGAUUUGGGAAGAGUCAAAAGGAUCCGUCUAAGAUCUGCACAGACAUUGACGAGUGCUGCAAGACCCCAGAUAUCUGCGGCCCCAACGCCACAUGUAUCAACACCAACGGGAGCUACCGGUGUGAGUGCCGUGCCGGCUACAUCCCCUCCAACAGAAACACGACCCUGUGCCAAGACAUCGACGAGUGCAAGAAGACCCCAGAUAUCUGCAGCCCCAGCGGCACGUGUGUCAACACCAACGGAAGCUACUGGUGUAAGUGCCGGGCCGGCUAUGUCCCCUCCGACGGGAACACGACCCUUUGCCAAGACAUCGACGAGUGCAAGAAGACCCCAGAUAUCUGCGGCCCCAACGCCACGUGUAUCAACACCAAUGGGAGCUACUGGUGUGAGUGCCGGGCCGGCUACGUCCGCUUCAACGGGAGCACCACCCUGUGCCAAGAGCUCACCUGCCCCCGGCUGCUGGAUGAUGACAACUCUGCCAAAGCCAAGAACCUCCUGGGCAGCUUCCAGGCACAGGUGGGACGUCUCUGCAAGGUGGCGCUGGAGGAGCUGAAGCAGAUGGAGGCUCAGAACGCCGAAGAGAAGCUGCAGGGCUUCUUGGACAUUCUGGAGAAGCAGAUAAAUCUGGUCGGGCAGCAGAGCGAGAGCGUGGAGCGGAGACACCGGAUCGCGACGGAGCUGAUGGCCAUAGUGGAGAAGCUUCUGAGAACGCUGGCCCUGACCCUGCGUGACAGCGUGAUCAGCAUCACAUCCACCAAUGGCACAGAGCUGGGGCUGGCGGUCAGGCAGCCUGGGAACCAGAGCCAGGAGACCGUGACGCUGCAGCAGAGCAAGACGCAGAUGGAAUUAAACUGGGUCGGAGCCUCAGGGCAGAAAAAUGAAGGCUUCACGCUGGCCGGGCUGCUGACAUACCAGGGGAUGAGCCCCAUCCUGGAUGGUGCUGGGCGGGUGGAGGCGCCCGAGUGGGACAAGAUCGGCCAGACGGGGAAGUGGUCGCAGGAGCCCGGGCAGCCCAGCUACCGUGUGCUGUCUCCGGUGGUGUCGGCCUUCAUCAGUGACCUGAACCCCCAGGCACUCGGCCUCUCCGUCAGCAUCCACUUCAGCCACCCGGUGCCGGAGUCCAAGACUGACCUGCGCCUCCUCUGCGCCUACUGGGAGCACAGCAGCAGGCACUGGGCCACCCACGGCUGCACCCUGCAGAAGUUGAACACCACCAUCACCCGCUGCCAGUGCAACCACCUCUCCAGCUUCGCCGUGCUCAUGGCCUUCUACGAGCUGGAGGUAGGUGCGGCCCUCGCUGGGGCCUCGGGGCUGGUCUGGUUCUGCUCUUCCCCUCAAUCGUCCCCAGCGGAGCAGGAGUCACUCCGGAGUAAAGCCAUUCCCCACUGGCGGGCGGGUUGGCUGCAGGUGGUGUGCGGCGUGGUGGCCGGGCUCCUGCACUAUUUCUUCCUGGCCGCCUUCUGCUGGAUGUGCCUGGAGGGCGCCAAGCUCUACCUGCUGGUGGUUCAGGUCUUCACCCCCCACGGCCUCAGGCGCCGCUACAUGUUCCUGUUGGGCUACGGCGUGCCGGCCCUCAUCGUGGGCGUCUCGGCCGCCAUCUACAGGGAGGGCUACGGCACGGCGCGCCACUGCUGGCUCUCGCUGGAGAAG